AUGGCGAGGGUCUACCCACAACCGGCGGCCGUGGAGGGCUCUCCCUCGGAGCAGAGAGAGGUCUUCACCAUAUGGAUGAAGUCGCUGGUGCUCAACGGCAGCGGCUGCGCCGUCUACGACUCCGGCGGACGGCUCGCCUACCGCGUCGACAACUACGACAGCAAGCGCGACGACGAGCUCUUCCUCAUGGAUCUCGGCGGCAGGGUCCUCUUCAAGAUCCUCAGGAAGAAGGUCACUGCAAUCCAUAAUAUCAUCCCUCGAAACCUUCCUUCCUUCGUAGAGGAGAUAAUAACUGUGCCGAUCUUACAGAAGCUGGGGCUGUUCGGGAGAUGGGAAGGGUACCGCUGCACUGGUUCGCAGCAGCAGGAGGAACUCACCCCGUCGUUCAGGAUGGUGCGCCCCUCCGGCAUCUUCACCGGUGACGGGCCGCGGGAAGUCACCGUCUUCGGCUCCGGCGACAGCUGCCGUUACAGGAUAGAAGGAGCCGUCCGAAAGUCCAGGUAUAAGAUCACCGGCGUCGGAGGAGAGCUCAUUGCUGAGGUAACUACUCCUCUGUUCCAUUCGUAUCAGACAGUCCUCUGCAAACUCUUUGUUUUUAUUCUUUCAGCUGGAGAGGAAGAGAGCGGCUUCUGGUGUGGCGCUGGGGGACGAUGUCCUGGCUAUGGUGGUGGAGCCCCACUCGGAUCUCUCACUCGUCAUGGCCCUGAUGGUAGUUUGCAGCCGGAUUAGCCACACCAUGUGA